GUGUGUGUGCGAGUUGUUUUUCUUUUUAUUAUAAUUGUUCAUUCUGGAUUGUAAUGCAAUUGCAGUGUUGUCGUCAGAGACGUGACGACACACUGCUGCAAUGAUUACCUAGUGUGGGCCAAAGACGCCUACACCAAAACGCCCAAACACCCAGAACACCCACACACACAUCUCCUUUCCUAAAUACUACCUAUCUAGAGUGUGACUGCGACUACGAUUAUCCCUCACAAUAAUAUAAUAAACUAAAGUAAUAUAUUGCUAAAAGUGCAAACACCAGAAUAUGUUCAAAAUGCAACUAGAAAAUACGUCAAUGUCGUUGGCGUGGGAGUGGUUGUUGGGUAGCAGCAGCAACCUACAGCAGCAACAGCAACAGAAACAACGCCAACAACAGAAAAAUGAAACAACAACAGGAGCAACAGCCAACAAACAAUUCGAAUUGAAAUUUUCAAGAAGGACAACAACAACAGCAGCAGCAGCUACAACAACAAAAACAAUUACUGAUAAGGUAUUAGCUAUAACAGCAAAAACAACUGAGAAAAAAUCAACUGCAACAACGUUAAGAACAACAGCAACAACAACACCGCCAACACAUUGUCAAAUUUGUGUUUUAUGCCGUCAAAAGAUUGCUACUGAUGAUCAAUGUUGCUGUUGUACUUCCUCUACAUCCUCCUCCUCCUCUUUCUCCUCCUGCUCCUCGUCUUCUUCAUCUUCAACAAGUACAAAUGACAAUAACCAAAAAGUUAAUGCAAUUUCCGGUAAACAGAAAAUUAAAAACCCCAACAAUAAUAAUAAUAAUAAUAACCAACAACGUCAUCCACAACAACAACAACAACAAGUUUUACAUAUAAACGAUGCCUGUAUGAGUUAUUGGUGGAAAUCAAAUCGAAUGCUAGAACUGCCGCAGCAAUUCGAAGAGAUAUGUGCAAUAACUAAGACAAGAGCAUUCUAUAGACUGAAUAUUUGGAAAACUAAACAACCUUACAACAAACAUAAUCAGCAGCAACAACAACAACUAGUGAGUAAUUGUGCCACAUCACAACAGCAACAACAGCAGCAACGGCAGCGACACCAGCAACAACAACAUUGUUAUCAGCAUUAUAACCAGCAGCAACAUUUGCGACAGCAGUUGUCACAUCAUCAUCAACAUCAGCAGCAGCAGCAGCAACAUCAGCAUCGGCAUCAUCAUCGUCAUAAUUGGAAAUCAAAUCUGGCAUUAAUGAUUAUCAUGUCCCUGCUGGCGAUGCAUGCAACGGCAGCAAUUCAAUUGCCGCCAUCUCAUCAACAAUUGUCAUCGUCGCAUCAUCAAUAUGACUCAAAUGAUUUAGGCGAUAGUCUGGCGAUUUUCACAAGUUCACCACGAAUACGAAGAGAUAGUGGCAAUGCCAGUGGCAAUUCCAUUGGCAAAAGCGGCGAUAGUGGAAAUACACAAGUUCGAUUGUCACGGAAUGAAACAAUGUGUAAAUCAAUGGAUAUACGUAAUUAUGCAACGAACUUUAAUCAAUUAACAAAUUGUACAAUUAUCGAGGGAUUCCUAUUGAUUACCCUAAUCAAUGAUGCACACUUGCUGAAUACCACAUAUCCUCUAUUGACCGAGGUCACCGAAUAUAUAAUCGUUUAUCGUGUAAACAAUUUGCUAUCGUUAUCACAAAUCUUUCCCAAUUUGAGUGUUAUACGCGGCAAUUCUCUAUUCGAUGGCUAUGCUCUGGUUGUCUAUCAGAAUCGUGAUCUACAGGAUAUUGGUCUGUCCAAAUUGAGAGCCAUUGCCAAUGGAGCUGUGCGUUUUGAGAAGAAUUUAUCACUGUGUUUCUUGACCACAGUCGAUUGGUCGCAAAUCAUUUCAAAGAAUUCAUCGGAAAUGGUUAGCAUAGAGAAUCGUAAUCCAACUCUCUGUCCAAAAUGUCCCGGUGAGAUAAGAUUAAGCGAUGAUGGGGCUAACAGUGGCUCCACCGAGGCUGAUCCCUUGUCCUGUAAAAAGCAUACGGAUGGCAAACGUUACUGCUGGGGCAGUCGAUCAUGUCAAUCAUUUUGCCCCAAGGAAUGUCCUGAUAACUGCUAUGAUGAGCACACCUGCUGCAAUAAGGCGUGUCUGGGAGGUUGUGUAAGAGACAAGAAUGGCAGUUUGGGUUGCAUCAGUUGUCGCUAUGUUUCCAUACAUAAUAAUACUUGCCUGAAUGAAUGUCCUAAGGAUUAUUUCUUGUAUGGCAGACGUUGCAUUACGGCCGAGAUGUGUCGCAGCAUUGGCACCAAAUACGAGAGCACCAAAGAGUUGAAACUAAUGCAUUUCGAUGGUCAAUGCACUACACGUUGUCCCAAGGGCUUUCAGAUUGAGGAGACAACCAACACGUGUGUGCCCUGCAAUGGAACAUGUGAGAAACGCUGCGAAGGCGGCCAAAUCGAGAGCGGUGGCAGGGCCAGAGAGUUUUAUGGUUGCACCAAAAUUGGUAUCACUAAUGGUCUUGUCAUUAGCAUCAAGCGUGGUGGACCCCACAUAAUGGAGGAUUUGGAAUAUGGUUUAGCCAAGGUCCAUACAAUUGAGACUUAUUUGAAGGUGCAUCUAACCUAUGGCUUGUCUACAUUGGCAUUUUUCAAAUCCUUGCGCCAAAUACGUGGCAAUGUUACAUUUGAGCAUCGUUAUGCUUUGUAUGUCCUUGAGAAUAAUGAAUUGGAAGAGAUUUGGGCACCCAAUCAGACAGUGGAGAUAGCAAAUGGCAGCGUCUUCUUUCACUUUAAUCCAAAAUUGUGUAUGAAAACUAUAAAAACAUUGCUGCCCAUGUUGCCAUCGAAACCCACAUCAUUUGAAAAAACAGAAGUUGCUGGCGAUUCAAAUGGCAACAAAGGUUCAUGUAAUACAACCGUUUUAAAUGUAAAAAUAAAAUCACAAACAGAUUCAAUGGCUCUAAUAUUUGUUAAUCAAUCAUUAAAAUUUGAUGAUUUGAGAACAUUUAUUGGUUAUCAAUCAUUUUAUACCAAGGAUCCGUAUGGCAAUGCCACAAAGAAUUCCUAUCACCCGUGCGAUGAGAGUUGGACAGCAAGUGAACCCGUUAAGGAAGAUAAUUUGAUGAUAACGGAUCUGGAACCAUAUACACAAUAUGCUUACUAUGUAAAAACCUGGACAAUAUCCUCCGAAUCGCAAAAUGGUUUGAGUCCUAUACAACAUUUUACAACGCUCCCAGCCCAGCCGACUUUGGUGCAGAAGAUCAAAGCCCGUGCGAACUCAAGUUCGGAAAUUGAAGUGCAAUGGGAGCCGCCUAGAUCAGUUCGUGGCAAGCUUAAACUGUAUUUGGUUAAAGCUGUACUCACACACAGAGACGCCAAACUGGAGUCACAUCAGCAGCGUAACUACUGUUGGGAUCCAUUACCCAACAAUAAUGAGGAUAAUAUUAUUGUUGAGAAAGCAAAAGUUACGGAUAAACAACCAACUGAUGCUGCUGAUUGUCAAUGUAAUGCAAAUUCUGGUGGUCCCUCUGUGGGAGUUGGUGGAAAGGGUGCAAAUUUUGAGCAGAAUCGUCGCGAGGAGAUUGAAUUUGAGAAUGCUUUGCAAAAUUUCCUCUAUGUACGACGCCAGGGAGAUCAAAAUAGAACCAAUCCAGCUGUAGCACCGCCACCAAAGCCAAAGGAUAAUAGCAUCAAAGAUGAUGGGCUAUUGGAUAAUGCUGUACACAAACGUCGUCGACGACGACGAGAACUUGACUUUGACGAUGAUGGUGAUGACGAUGGUGAUUUAGGCAUGGGAAGUGUCCUUUCGCGUCAUGUACGCUCAACAGAGACACAGGAUGAUCUACGCAAUCUUUAUGCCAUGGACAAUAUGGGUGCCACAGAGAAUGCCGAAAAGAUUAGACCCGAGACUUGGUUAAAGGAGACACGUAAAUCGGCCGAUGGCACAUACUAUGAGAUAUUGACACAACAAGUUGGGGCCAAUCAGACGCACUUCGUUUUUACCAAUCUGCGACACUUUUCCCUAUACACUAUCUCUGUGGUAGCGUGUCGGGAGGAAGUUGCUGGUUCCUUUAAACCCUCCUGUGGCAAUGCAAGCCCCAUUGACAAGCUAACCAGGAAAUUGGAGAAUGCCGAUUUAGUAGCGAAUGUUACUGCCGAUCUGGAGAGUGCCAAUGCCACAAGGCCUGGUGUUCGUUUGCGUUGGUUGGCACCCUUAAAUCCAAAUGGAGCUAUUGUCUCGUAUACAAUUGGCUAUAAACUACAAAUGCCUGAUCAGCAGGAGCUUAUGAAAUGUGUCACAGCGCAGGACUAUUUAAAUCUAACCGAUGGCUAUGUUGUUAAACAUUUGAGUGAGGGUAACUAUAGCUUCCAUGUACGUGCCAAUUCUAUGGCUGGCGAUGGCAUCUUUAGUGAACUUGUCUAUGUUGUUGUGCCGCCGCCUCCUACGUAUAUGAUCUAUUAUAUCUUUGUUGGUAUUGGCAUAAUCAUGUCUUUAUCGGGCAUACUCAUUUUUGUGUUGUAUAAGAAGAAGAAAAUGACACCGCGGGACUUGUACAUCAAUACCGAAGUGAAUCCGUUUUAUGCUAGCCAUCAGUAUAUACCCGAUGAUUGGGAAGUGGCCAGGGAUUGCAUUCUACAGCUGGGACCAUUGGGUCAGGGAUCAUUUGGCAUGGUCUACGAGGGCAUAUUAAAGGGUCACAUGGGUGUGGAUACACCAUGUGCCAUUAAGACGGUAAACGAGAAUGCCACCGAUCGUGAGCGUGUGAAUUUCCUAAGCGAAGCGAGUGUUAUGAAGGAGUUUGAUACCUUCCAUGUGGUCCAUUUGCUUGGCGUUUGCUCACACGGUCAGCCAGCUUUGGUAGUCAUGGAGCUGAUGAAGAAGGGAGAUCUCAAGUCAUAUUUGCGUGCCCAUCGCCCCGAGGAGCGAAAUGAGGAGAUGCUGGCCUAUUUGCAACGUAUUGGUGUAACAGGAAAUGCAUCGCCUCCGACAUAUGGUCGCUUCUAUCAGAUGGCCAUCGAGAUAGCCGAUGGCAUGGCCUAUUUAUCGGCGAAAAAGUUUGUCCAUCGUGAUUUGGCUGCCCGCAAUUGCAUGGUCAGUGACGAUUUGACGGUGAAAAUUGGGGACUUUGGCAUGACGCGUGAUAUCUAUGAGACGGAUUACUAUCGCAAAGGUACCAAAGGAUUGCUACCAGUGCGCUGGAUGCCACCGGAGAGCUUACGCGACGGUGUCUAUGCCAGUUCCAGUGAUGUGUUCAGUUUUGGCGUAGUCCUCUGGGAAAUGGCAACUCUCGCCUCGCAACCCUAUCAGGGACUCUCCAACGAGCAAGUGCUGCGCUAUGUCAUCGACGGUGGCAUCAUGGAGCGGCCCGAAAACUGUCCAGAUGUAUUGCAUAAGCUGAUGCAUCGCUGUUGGCACCAUCGACCAUCGGCCCGACCGAGUUUCCUUGACAUUAUCGCCUAUCUAGAGCCGCAUUCGUCGAAUGCUCACUUCAAGGAGGUGUCAUUCUAUCAUUCGGAGGCUGGUUUGCAAUACAGGGAGAAGGAUCGCAAAGAGAAGAGUCAAAUGGAUGCGGCCUUUGUCGCUGAACCAUUGGAUCAGGAUCAUGAAGAUGCCACAACACCGCUGCGGGUAGGUGAUUAUCAAAGCGGCUACAAAUCGAAUAUGGAUCAGAAUGCUUCGCUGGAACAGCCGGCCGAAAGUCCAAUUAACAUAGUUGAAGAACAAACGGCUCACUCGCCAUUUAGUUUGCAAUCGGGAUUCGUCGUCAGCAGCACACCAGAUGCACCCACAGCUGGAGGAAUAUCGCACGAUGACACAUCUGGUUAUGUUCAACCAGAUGCAGAUGCUUUGGCCUCCACUGGAGCUGACCGGGGCUAUGAGAUAUAUGAUCCCAGUCCCAAUUUCGCCGAAUUGCCAACGAGUAGAAGUGGCAGCACCGGAGCUGGCGGAGGCGAUGGUAAAUUGAGUGGUGAACAGCAUUUGCUACCACGUAAAAGUCGUAGGACACCAAUCAUUAUGAGUAGUUCCAUGCCGGAUGACGUUGUCAGUGGCGGUGCCGGAUCAUUGCAGCCUUCCACCGCAUCGGCGGGCAGCUCAAAUGCUAGCUCUCAUACAGGCGGCGGCUCACGUGGAACGAGCAGCCUUAAAAAGAUAAUGAAUCGUUCGAUUCUAUUCAAUCGGCCGUUCUUCAACCAUAAACGUACGGGCAGUAAUGCCAGUCAUAAGAGUAAUUCCUCCAUUACCCCCAGUACCUGCAGUAAUGCGAAUCUAACUCCACAUCCGAUAGCCACCAGCAAUCUGGGCACCAUUGAAAGCGGUGGCAGUGGUUCGGCUGGCAGCUAUGCGGGAACACCGCGUUUCUAUACGCCAGCGGCCACACCGAGUAUUGGCGGUGGGGGCAUCAGUGAUAAUCCCAAUUACAAGCUACUCGACGAAUCAAUCAUCAGUGGCGGCACCGCGAGGUCAUGGAAUCAAAACCGUGGACCAGGAACAAUGGCGGCAGGACUUUCAGACUCGGAACAGGCCACAAUGUUGACCAUAAGCAGUUUGAAUCCAAAUUAUGAGCUAAUGCAGCCACCAUCCCCGACACCCAGUCUCAGGGCUUAUCCCAAUUAUGUGCAAAUGAAUGAGCCAGCUCCGGUAAUCCUAAGCUCAAUGAAUCCGAACUAUGAGCAAAUGCAAGCACCACACGCUCAUCUUAGCAGUUCCGAUGAGGAGGAUUUAAAUGAGAACGAUGACGAUUGUCACGAGGACAUCAAAAUGGAGAGAAUGCCAUUGAGUAGACAAAAGCCAAGAUCACAAUAUAAAUCCUCAUCCCAGACCCCGCGAAGUCGAAGUGUUAGCCAGAAUCGCAAAAAAAACGAUCAGCACACGACGCCACAGCAAACGGCAAGCAGUGCCAUGGCUGCUGCCGGCAAUGUCUCCAAUAUACUCAAGGAGAAUUGGUUAAGACAGGCCGCGUCUACGAAUAGGCCACCGCCGCCAAAUGGUUUCAUAGGACGCGAAGCGUAAAACCAAAACCAACCAAAAUGAGGGGAAUUUCUCUAAUGUAAAUAUUCUCUUACCAAUUAUGGGCAAGAGAGCGAUAGCAAUUAAGUGAAUUCUAUGCAUAAACGGGCCGACACAGCCAGAGAGAGAUAGAGAGAGAGAGCAAAAGCAAGCGAGAGGAGAUCAAGAAAGAGAGACAUUAAAGUUUUCGUACACUCACUAAUUAACUAAAUGACUGGCUGAUCCCUCACCCCUGCCCUUUCACCACUCUCUCUGUUAGUUUAUGAUGUGUAUAACUUUAGCCUUUAAGCCAAUAAGUAAAAUCCAGCAAACUUUUGCCGCUAGCCAAAAGCCUAA